AUGGUAUCUGCGCCUAACCGUAUAGCUGUUAACGAAUCUGCUGAUAUAUUUUCUCGUAUUUCACUCCCAUGCGGUCGUAGUGUUCGGAAUAGGCUCGUAAAGGUUGCUACAUACGAGCAUCUUGGAAAUACUCCUAACCCAUAUCACUUCGCUCUUUAUUCUGAAUGGGCUCAGAAUGACUGGGGAAUGAUUAUCACGGGAAAUGUGCAAGUUUCACCAACCCAUCUCUCACUGGGAUAUGACAUGAUUGUGCCGCGAACAAUUACGCAGGAGACAUUGAAGGCUUUCAAAAGAUUGUCAGGUGUAAUUCACAAUUUCAGCCAUCCAACCUUGGCUAUCAUGCAACUAUCUCAUGCAGGACGCCAGUCACCCAAUAUGCUCGGGGGUCGCUUUCCCUUUGUCCCACCACUCUCUGCUAGUGCUAUCCGACUGGGUUCUAGCUUGCACGCCAUUGGUGGUUCUUCGGAGACCAGUAAGGUCAAGCGGAGUGUAAUAUCAAAUAUUUUUUAUCGCCUUUUGUUUCAAAGACCUCGAGAGAUGACCCCUCUUGACAUCGAAGCAACAAUCCAGGAAUUCGUUCAUGGAGCACACUUUGCUGUAAAGUCCGGAUUCGAUGGUAUUCAGCUACAUGCUGCACAUGGGUACCUGCUUGCACAGUUUCUAUCUCCUGAGAGUAACUUGCGCCAAGAUGAAUUCUCCUGCGCUCCAGAACAUGCACUUCAUCUCCUUCGUCGCAUUGUAUUUUCAAUUCGUGAAGCGGUUCCCCCAAAUUUUAUCGUUGGGCUCAAGAUCAAUGCUGCCGAUUAUGCUCAGUCAAAGAUCGGGCGGUCAAGUACUUCUGAUCACGGGAUAGAUGAAGAACGGCGUAUCCUGGAUCACGUCAUGACUAUCGCCCGCUGGGGACUCGUUGAUUUUAUUGAGAUCAGUGGAGGUGAUUAUGAGAAUCCAGACUUCAUGUCUGUCAGACCCUUUCCUGAAUCGAGGCGUCAAGCCUUGUUUGCGCGAUUUUCUUAUCAGGCACUGAAAGCAAUCCAGUCUUUGCCUCUUCCUCCUGGGUCUCAUCCUUUGGUACUUCUUACAGGUGGAUUACGUACACCAUCUCAUCUACGUAAUGCACUUGCAUAUAGACAUGCACAACUACUAGGCAUUGCAAGAGGAUCGAUAUUAUGUCCUCAUCUGCCACAGCUGUUGCAACAAAGUCAAGAAAACGCCUUUCAUAAGUCGGACGAUGAUUUUGAACAUCAAUCCUUCGCACCAGAACCUCGAAUACAGUCUGGACGAUCAAUAUUCAAACGCUGCAUUUACUCUUGGACCUCAAACAUUAGACUUGUUGGUGCAGGAAUGGGUAUGGCCUGGUAUAUCGUAGCGAUGAGGAGGCUGGCGAUCGCUCGCAUACAGAAAUAUGGAAACGUUGCUGAAGUCAGCGUGAAGCAAUCCCACCAUGAGACGACAGCAGUGGACUGCAGCAUGGAUAUGGACGGAGUAGAUGCUGUGAUCAGGAUGUGGGUGUGGAUAGGCGUGGACCAUCGCGUAUGGGCACACUUUGGCAUACUAUUACUUGCUCUUUUUGUGGCAUAUUAUUUGAGCUGA